GUAGGAGACGACGAGAGGCGCCGCAUAAAACUUUUUUUUCCUGUUUCCCCAAGCCCCCCUCGCUGUUUCCCCGAAACCCGAACCAAACCCCUUCCGCAAGCUCCCACCUCCCGGCGAUGGCAUCGGCGGCGACGGCGGCGGCGGAGUGGGAGGCCGCGGCGCGGAAGACGCUGGUGGCGCGGAAGCCCGGCUUCGGGCUCCCCACCGCCUGCCCGACCUGCCUCCCCGUCCUCCUCUACCUCCGCAUGUCCCAGGUCCCCUUCGACAUCCACGUCGACUACCGCUUCCCCGACGCCGAUCACAUACCAUAUGUUGAAUUUGGCGAGUGUGUCGCAUUCAACAAUGAGAAUGGAGGUGUAAUUGAGUAUCUCAGGGAGGAGAAAAUUGUUGACUUGACCUCAAAACACCCAAGUGUUUCUUACUCUGAUGUUCUAUCCACAAAGGCCAUGAUUUCGACCUGGCUUGCUGAUGCUCUGCAAUACGAACUUUGGGUGGCAAAUGAUGGGGCUCAUGGGAGCAUUGCACGAGACAUCUACUUUUCUGAUCUCCCCUGGCCUAUUGGAAAGGUACUCCACUGGAAGAAAAUUAGAGAUGUGAAGCGACUAAUGGAUAUAACAAAGCUUAAUGCUGCAGAAAAAGAAGAGGAGAUAUACCGGAAGGCUACUGCUGCUUAUGAUGCUUUAUCUACAAAAUUAGGGGAUCAAUCCUUUCUUUUCGACGAUAGCCCUACAGAUGCUGAUGCUCUUUUGCUUGGACAUGUUCUUUUUGUCCUUAAUGCAUUACCUGCUACAUCUAUGCUGCGAAGCUAUUUGCAGAACUAUGAUAACUUGGUAAAGUAUGCCGAGGAUAUCAAGGUCCAAUUGGUGGAAGUUGGCUCAUCAUCAGCAGGAUCAGCUUCAUCUGAUAUGCCAUCAUCAUCCACGCCCAGGAAAACAUCAUCUUCUGGACAAAGCUACAAGCCGAAACCCAAAGCUAAGAAGGAGCGGACAGAGGAGGAGAAGAAAUCUAGGCGAAGAACGAAGUACUUCCUCGCGGCCCAACUCAUCUCGGUUCUCGCCUUCCUGUCCAUCACGGGUGGGGUCGAUAGUUCUGCGCUAGACGAUGACUAUGAUAUGGAUUAUGAAGAUUAAAACCCUCCCUUUCUUACACUAAAAGAAGAUUCUUUCUGAAGGUCUAAUACGCCGCAGCGCUGGCUGUGGUGCUUCGGGAAUUUGUUUCCCUUUGCUAGUCAGGGGGCGUAUGGUAGCUAGGAGGGAAAAAUACACUGAGUUGGUUAGCGGCCGGCCGUUCCAUGAUUGCCGAUGUGAAGCAUCCAUUGCUUCCAAGUUUUGUAUGGCUUCAUGGAAAGCUACUUGAGCGUCUUUGGAAGUCGUUUUUUUGGAUUUGCCCUCUGUCUAACUAAAUAAUGAGCUUGGUUGGAAGUGAA